UUCUCCAUCACUGCCUUUUUGGGCAACGCUUUGAUCUUAACUGCUCUCCGCAAAGUGACUUCUAUUCACCCUCCAACAAAGCUGUUAUUGCAAUGCUUGGCAAUCAAUGAUCUUUUCGUGGGACUUCUUCUAUUGCCUCGCUUGGCAGUAAUUAGUUCAUUUGUGACUCAAAACACGCAGGAAAAUAUUUCAUACUACAGCAGCGCUAUAGCUAUCUUUUUGAUAACAGUAUCCGUACUAACAUCGACUGCAAUAUGUGUAGACAGGCUUCUAGCGCUGCUUUUGGGGCUGAGAUACAGACAUAUUGUCACAUUUAGUCGU